GGAGAGUGGCGUUCCCUGCGCCUCAUGUGCCCCGUGCCCGGCCGGCGCGUUCCCGCGCACUCGUGACAAAGGGCUCAUUGUUGGCGCUCCUAUGAUGGCAGCCCAGUCGAAGCAGAAACGGCGCCAUGAGGCAAAUGCAAUACACUUGAGCGGAAUGAGUGAGGUUGAGCUGCGGUGAGGCGCGGCGUGGCGUGGCGUGGCGUGGCGCGGCGGGGCGGGCCGAGGCAGGACGACGUCACACGGCGUAGAACACCGCGACGACGGCGAUGGCGGGCUCGGGGGCCACGGCCCUGCUGACGUCCUCCGCGGACAGCCACCUGCCCGUGGCGCUGCGGCCCACGUUCAUGGGCAGCCGCCCGCCCGUGUCGCAGGGCUACGGCUCCCUCAUCAGCAAGGGCAGCCCCUACGGCGGCGAGCUCUUCUUCCACGACUACCGGAAUGAGGCCGCCGUCAGAGCCUCGAUGCCGCCCUACCUGUACGGCUGCGAGAGGACGCCCUACUCGGCGCGCCCCGACAUGGUGGCCGCCGACCGGGUGGGCAACUGGGAGAGGAUGCUGCACCAGAGGCGGACGCCCUGCUCGUGGAUCGCGCCCGCGCAGCGCGCCGAGACCGACGCCUUCUACAUGCUGUGCCAGCAGCACCGCGACCAGCUCCGCGACCACUCGGGCCGGCUGCACCCGUUGGACUUCUUCGACGUCGCCGCGACGCCGUUCCACUGCCCCGUAGACAUGUUCACGACCUACCAGCGCUACCCCGUCAUGUUCACCCGCUACCGCAACCCGCAGUCGCAGCCGCUCACCUUCGGCCGCACGCUCGCCGUGCCCCCGCUGCCCGCCCGCUCCCUGGUCGGCGACUACAACCAGUACUCGGACACGCAGUGGAAGGGCUCGUCCAAAGCCAUGUUCACGUGAGCCCGCCUGGCCACGGAAUAAAGAUCAAGCUUCGCAUCCUC